GGCUCGGGGGUUCCUUUUUGCCGCCCCUCAGGUGAGGCCCUGCCCCGAUGCCGCUCCUGGGCAGGCUCGGAUAGCGCGAAAAAGGAUUUUAGGGAGUGUGAAAAUGCAGGAAAAAGAAUAUUAGGAUGGCUCCGAGGAUGUUCUAGGCAGGAGAAAGGAAUGAGUCCAUCCCAGGCCUUGAGUCCACUCCCAAACCUCGGGAAUGGAGCAGUCAUUUAUUUUCAGUUUAAUUUAAUUAAUAAUUAUCUGCCAUUAAAAUCAAAGAUUCCGCCCUAGAGCUCCCCAAGUUGUGAUUUCCCCCGUGUCUGGUUGAUUUGAAAUUGCCUGUUUUCCUUGGAUUUGACUUUUCCCACCGUGGAUAACAAUCACAGCCCGUUUUUGGGGCUGCUUAUCCUAAUUAAAGGAGUUUCUCCUCUUCCUCUGGAUCCCCCUGGACCGGGAUAGAGGCACCUCAAUCCCGGGUUUUCCUGGCUCGGGUUUUUUUGGACUUCCAGGUGCUUUUUCCGUGGGCUGGGAGGCUGGAGUUUGGCCUGGAGGGAGCAGAUUUGGGAUCAGCCAGGAUCGGGAGGAAAUCUGGGAAAUUUGUCCCAGGGGUAUCCCGAUCUGAGGUUGGGAUAAAUCUGGGGGGACUAUCCCAGUCUUUUCCUCAGUUUUGGGGACUUUUCCCCCUCCAAAUCCCUAAAAUCUGUGAAGGGGCUGGAGAAUUCCUGAGGAAAAUUGGGAAGGGGCUAGGGAAUUUUUGGGAAGGGGCUGGAGAAUUUCUGGGAAAGGGCUGGAGAAUUCCUGAGGGAAACUGGGGAAGGAAACCUUGGGAACUUUUAAUCCCCAUCCCUGCACAUUUGCAAGGGUGCAAACUCCCAACUCUGCCUGAACCCAAACCUCAAUCCCAGCUUACCCCAUAAAAAAACCCCCAAAAAUCCAACCCUAGAUCCUUGAAGAACCCUGAUUUUUCCUGGUUUCCCAGAGGUUUUGAGGGAUGCCCAAGAAAUUCCAGGGAGAGAACAGCAAGUCGGCGGCGGCGCGCGCCCGCAGGGCUGAGGCCAAGGCGGCGGCAGAGGCGCGGCGGCAGCAGGAGCUGGAGGAUGAGCUCUGGAAGGACGAGGACAAACACGUCCUGAGGAAGGAGCAGAGGAAGGAGGAGCGGGAGAAGCGGCGCCUGGAGCAGCUGGAGCGCCGCAAGGAGCUGCAGCGGCUGCUGGAGGAAGAGGACUCCAAGCUCAAAGGGAAAAGCCCCAAGCAGGGAAAUCCUGGGAAAAUCACCCGGGCCCAGAUCGAGGAGAAUGUGCGCAAGGAGCAGCAGCAGAGGGAAAACGCAGAUGCAGGGGAGAAGGAGAAAUCGCACCUGGAGAUGCCGCUGGAGGAGAACCUGAACCGGCGGCUGCCCGAGGAGGGCUCUGUGGAGGCGCGCAGCAUCGAGGACGCCAUCGCUGCCCUCAGUGUGUCCCAGCCCCUGGAGCGCCACCCUGAGCGCCGCCUUCGCGCCGCCUUUGCCGCCUUCGAGGAGCUGCAGCUGCCGCGCCUGCGGCGGGACAACCCCAACAUGCGGCUGAGCCAGCUGCGCCAGCUGCUCAAGAAGGAGUGGAUGAGGUCCCCCGAGAACCCCCUGAACCAGCGCCACAAACCCUACAACAGCCACCAAUAGCCCUGUGCCUCCCUGGACUGGGAUCCUCACCAGGACCCUUCUACCCCCGCGGGCUUUUGGGGUUUUUUUUCUCCCUCUCUCCCCACCCGUGGAUUUGGGGCGAGCUCAAGGUUGGACUGAUGCCACCUUCUCCUUCCUGAAGUUCCCUGGGAAAAGCGGCUCUCAAUGCAUCUCAGGUGUCCCUUGGCAUUCCCUCCUUGGAGUUCUGGAGUUGUCACAUGGAAAAUGCUCCUGGGGUGUGAACCUGAAGUGAUUCUAGACCCUGGAUCUCCCCUGGGUGUCCCUGGUCCUGUUUCCUCUGGGACUGGGGUAUCCCUGAAACCCCUGCUCCUGGGAUAUCCAUGAAAUCCCUGCUCCUGUUUCCUUUGGGAUAUCCCUGAAAUCCCUGCUCCUGUUUCUUUGGGAUUUGGAUGUCCUUGAAAUCCCUGUUCCCAUUUCCUUUGGAUUGGGAUAUCCCUGAAAUUCCUGCUCCCAUUUCCUUUGGUAUUGGGAUAUCCCUGAAAUCCCUGCUCCCAUUUCCUUUGGGAUUGGGAUAUCCCUGCUCCUGUUUCCUUUGGGAUUGGGACCAUUUUCUUUGGGAUGGGCCUAUCCCUGAAAUCCCUAGUGCCAUUUCCUUUGAGACUGGGGCAGAAGCAUUGGGAAGAGGGAAAAUCCCUCAGGGAGGAGUGGGAAAAGCCUUUCCUGGGGGGGACAGGCACUCCAGGUGACAUUCCCAGUGUCCUCUGGAAUACUGGGCCCCAAGUCCACCCAGAGGAGGGAUUCCCAUCCUUUGGGAGUGGAAUUCCUUCCCAGGAAUUGGUCUGGAGGUGCCAUGCAACUUCCCCAAAUCCCAUGGGAUUCAUCCAGGCUCAUCCUUUUCCCUCUUUUUGGGACUGCCCCCACUGGGCUGGGCACUGUUCCCACAUCCCAGAACUCCCAAAUCCAGCCAAGGAGGAGUGACACCCCCACCCCACCCCCCCCCUUUGUGUGA